AUGAUCCGCACGCCCAGCAAUACGCCCGCCACCCUGUCGUCUCCGCCCACUCCUUCCCGCCGCAGCCCAUGCACCCGACGGACCGCCGCCCGCCGCUACCCAUCGACAUCAAGCCGGUCCAGAAGCCCACCGCCACCUACGAGCUGGAUGACUCCCCGCCCAUCGAGCCGCACAUCGUCAUGCAGAUGGGCGGCAUCCCGUACGCAGACCUGUGCAAGGAAAAGGCCCGUGAGGCCUUCAAGGAGAUGAAGAAGAACGAGCACAUGGCCAAGGGCGAGUUUGACCGCAUGAAGCGCCGAAAGAAGGGUGAUACCUCGAUGACGCCGCGUGAGAAGUACACACGCCGUCUGAAGAUGAACCAGGACUCGGCCGCCGCCGCACGCUACGCGCAGGAGGUGUACGUGCACAUGUUGGAAAAGCUCGUGAGGACGACUGAGGAGGAGAAGAAGGGCUUCAUCCUUCAGGUGCAGCAAUUGCAGCAGGAGAACGCAAAGAUCAAGGAUAAGAUGAUGCAAAUGUCCGCUCAACCACCUGUGGACGCUUUGUUUGAAGAAUCGGAAAGAGAGCGAAGGGUGUACGACCCCGCCCAAAUUAACAAGCUUCUAGAUAUGAUGUACGAACGCGAAACUCCGUCGGCGCAGGAUAAUGAUGCCAACUUUGCCGCAGGGAACAUGGGCAUCCCGCCAGCAAGAGCAGCAUAGGACAGGACUAACCGGGACACGUUCAGGAAGCUUGAUCAUUCAUCAAAUUGUAAAAAUGCCACUUCUCAACUUUGAA